AUGGAGGGUUUCAGAUCCAAAUCCAUCAACGAUGAAAGACUUGAAAUGGAUAGUUACAAUCCCAGCAACUAUAACAACACCUCAAGUGGAUUUCCCAGUUACAAACCCACUUCAAAUCCAACUGGGUUUCAAGAUCUGAGGUGCUACAGUGCGUCACAUGCAUCAUCUUUAUCAGCACAAAACAAUGCCCCGAUGGAUAUUGUACCAGCGGAUCAGUGGAGAUUUAAGAAAGGGAAGUCAACAAAUGGAGCAGUUUCCAAGAACUGGAGCUUUAAUGACCCAGAAUUGCAGAGGAAAAAGAGGGUGGCUAGUUAUAAAGUCUACACUGUUGAAGGGAAAGUCAAGGGAUCUAUCAAGAAGAGCUUUAGGUGGGUCAAGGAGAGGUACACACAAAUGGUUCAUGGGUAUAGAUGA